AUUAAUUGCCCCGGCUAAAUUGAUGGAGGAAUCCGAAGCUUGUCACAAUUGCUUUUGCUUCUGGAGUGCUCACUUCUCACGCCGCCUGCGAUUCUCUCUGCGCUUCCGCUCUCACAAUCUCCCAACCCGAUGGCAACCAACACGGAGAAGCCGAAUCCCGACAAUCUUCCCGAAGAUAACCCUAAGAAAACCCUAGACCUCACUCAGCCCCCUUCCGCCACACCUGACCCCGAUCCUUCUCAAGAUCCGACCAAUGCCUCUUCUACAACCCAACCUUCGUCUCUCCCAUCCCAGCCUUCAACCACCGGCGCCUCUCCCAAGGAUGCUGCUGCUGCUGAAUCGAAGCAUCCAGUUGCGGAAAAGGAUGCUGCCGUUUCCGAUAUUCAGAAGAAGAUACUUCGAGCCGAGCGGUUUGGGAUUUCUGUGCAGCUGUCUGAGCAAGAGAAGCGCAAUUCCCGGGCUGAAAGGUUUGGCACUGGUUCCACAUCACAAGCAUCAGAGACAUCAAAAUCGGAGGAGCUGAAGAGAAAAGCUAGAGCAGAGAGCAGGUUUGGGAUGCCUUGUCCACCAACGGCUGCUGAUGAGGAGGCAAAGAAGAAAGCUAGGCUUGCUAGGUUUGCGCCAGUUUCCAAGACUGAUCCCUUGGAGGAAGAUAAAAGGAAGGCAAGAGCACUCAGGUUUUCAAAUCCACCAUCAAGUUCUUUGCCCCAAGUUAAUGGCACAGGGAACAUUGAGACAGAGGCAGCUGUUGCUGGCAAAGCAGGAGGUGGGGUCUGAAUGGCAGCAUAUUUCAUUACUAGUUGAGUUAUAUUGUCUAGUUUUUGAAGUUAAAGAUUCCCUUAGUAGCUUUCAUACUGUGUCUACUUGUUGACAUAUUAAUCCCUGGAUGCAGCUGCUUCCACUUCCUCUAAGACAUUGCUGAGUUUAAAGUGACUGGAGAAGAUUUCUUCUGGUGUCAGUUUACUGUGUGACACCAUGGGGUAAUUAACGGAUAUCUUUAAAUUUUUUACUUAUAUCAAAAUCUGCCUAGGUCAAAAUUCUGGAAUCUACAGCCUAUAGAAGCUUUCAUUUUUAUUUUAGCACUUAGAUUAAGCUUUUGCCUUUUGCCUUUUGCAUAAAAGAAGCUUGUUUGGUCCUUUCAUCCCUCCCCAUCAUUGCGAUGAAGUCAGUAUCUCUUGUAUGCUGCUUGUCAAAUGUCCAUGAUCAUUGUGCGAAAUACCAGGUUGAUUAUGCUAUUUCAGGCUCCAUCAUAAUGCUAGUCUAAAAUCUGCUGAUGUCAGGAUAAGUUUAUGUUGCAUCAUGUGUCUUGGGGGAGUGUUGAUAGGUGAAGAUGAUAAGCUCUUAAGUAGCAGCUCAUAUAAUGAACUCUUUUCUGCUUAAUUCUUAGAGUUGACAUUAUUUCAUUGUCGCUAUGAAUAAUGUUGGUUCUCUUUUUCACUCGUUUUCAAAAGUAUGAAAAGUUUGAUGUUACGUUAAUGAAAAAUAAAAUCUGGCAUUUGCAUUAAAAAAAGGCUGCAUUUUGGCAUUUACGACAGACUGCUUUCUCUUUCUUCAGCCUUUGUCCAUUUCUGAAUUGAUGUUCAGUGGGAAAUGUGAUGUCCAAUGCUGUGGUGCAAUCUCCUAUGAGUUUUGGAUUUUUAAAUCUUGUUUGAAAGUAGUGAGUGAAGCACAUAUUUACUUGGUUUCAUAGCCCUAGGAAAUGGAUUGAUGGACUAUGUUAUGGUGCUUUGGAAAAAAAAAAAAAUCAAUAGCUUUUGGCUUAGAGUUGGUGGUUUGCGUCACUGGAUCGGCAGAGAUAUUUAAUUCGUAGUCCUGCUACUGUCUGCUGGGCUUUCUUUAAGAAAAACAAGGUUGAAAAUGAUCAAGCUGAAUGUGACAAAUGAAAACUUUAGUGGUGUGGUUGAAGUCUGCAGAUGUUUUCUUCUAGAAUCGUAAGUUGAGGUUAUUUUUUAGGCUGUGGAUUCCAAUUUUUUGAUCUUUGCUGCUAUUUUGUUACAAGUAAACUCUUUGAAGGUGCCACUUAGUUUUCGUAGUUGCCAACUUUAGAAUUGUACAAUCUGCUAGAUAGGACAGGCAAGUGAAGGAGGCUUAUUUUUGUUCCUUUUUUGUUAUCUUUUGAAAUAUAUUUUUCUAGUUUUUCUUUGGGUAAAAAGUCCUGGAAGUAUCUUGUAUCUGGGGGUAUUUGUGUUGCUGGUUAGCAAAGUAUAAAUGAAUUAACGGACCAUUAUUUCUACUUGGGGAAUCAUUAUAUGUUUAACCGUAAUUGCCCAAAUUUGUGUAUCUUGAUCAGCUUUAGUCUGGAAACAAGUGGCUAGCACUUCUAUGUCUCUAACGGUGCAGUUGUAACCCUAUGUCAUGUGAGAAGUUUCUUUUGAUGGUGGAA